AUGAAGGCAGAAGAACACUGCAAUGAAUCAGCAGAGAAAACUUCCAAACAGACCGCAUUUUGCAAACCAUGCAAGCGCCAAUGGGCCAAAUGUGGGACUGAUCCAGCCAAGAAUGGGCCCAAAAGUUUCCAUGGGGGGGCUAAUACAAGUGAGGCCCUGACCCAAUCCCAAGAUGGCUGUCUGACUGCAUCCCUGACAUCUGAACCUAGAGUAAAGGAUUUUGGACAGCUGAACCCAGAUGAAAAGAUGAAGAUGCUUGAGACAACUCGGCAGGCCAAGGUGCUGGUGCUAACUAUGGUGUACCGAGAUGGAACAACUCAGUUAGACCCAGAACAGAAGCUCACUCUACCAGUGUGUGGCCUCCUCGUGCUGAUGAAGAGCGAUCUUUCCUGCGGCACGCCAGAGGACUCGCUCGGGCCAAACGACAGUCUGGUCUACUUAAAACUAGAGCACACACCUGCAUGGGCCCAGCAACAAACACAUCCAAGCCCAGAGCUUUUUACUAGAGAUAUGCUGCUACAGGUGCUCACAGGAUCUCAACUGGUGGUGUGCUAUAAAGCCAAGGAUUUGCUUCGCUCAGUUCUGCAGGUUUACAGACGAGAGCUCAACUGGAAGCGAGUGGCCGGCUGUCAUAUCCAGGACCCACAGGUGUCAGCGUGGCUACUGGAUCCCACAGAUCCUUCCUCUUGCUUUCAGGACCUUCUUAAUAAACACUGCAGAAGACCCCAUACCACACCUGCCCUGGGUGCUCAGAAGGUUUCCCAAAUCAUCUCAGGUCUCUGUUGGCUCUACAGGCUUAAUAUGAAGCUGUGCUCUCAGCUACAGAGCCAGGGCCUGUGGAAGCUCUACUCUGACAUGGAGCUGAACAUGAUCCCUGUUCUGGCAGCCAUGGAGAGCCACCGGAUCCAUGUGGACAAAGAGGCACUUAAGAAAACUUCAGACUUACUUGGGACUAAAAUGAAACAGUUGGAGAAGGAGGCCCACCAAGCUGCUGGACAGAUAUUCCUGGUGACCAGCAGCACUCAGCUACGGACCGUUCUGUUUGAAAAGCUGCGCCUUCAUGAGCGCUGUGAGAACAAGAAGCUUCCCAAGACCAUCAACAAACAGCAGCAGUCAACAUCAGAAGCUGCAUUGUUGCUGCUUCAGGACUUGCAUCCGCUGCCAAAGAUCAUUCUGGAGUACAGACAGGUUCAUAAAAUCAAAUCCACUUUUGUUGAUGGGAUUCUCUCAUGCAUGAUGUGCAAGAACUACAUUUCCUCGACAUGGCACCAGACAAGUGCUGUGACUGGGAGAAUCUCUGCAAAACACCCAAACUUCCAGGCCCUACCAAGGCAGCCGCUUCAGAUCACCAAGAAGCAGUACGUCCAAGGAAAGGAAGAGGAGGUGGUGACUGUCCAUCCUCGGGCCAUGUUCAUUCCUCAUGAGGGCUGGACCUUCCUCGCUGCAGACUUCUGCCAGGUGGAGCUGCGUCUGCUGGCUCACCUCUCCUCUGACCCUGAGCUGCUCCGCAUCUUUACCAGCCCCCAGGCGGACGUCUUUACCAUGCUGGCCUCUCAGUGGAAGGGGGUAAGAGAGGAUGAGGUGACAUCUGAGGACAGGGAACAUGCCAAACGCAUCGUCUACUCGGUUGUUUAUGGGGCAGGUCGUGAGCGUCUGUCAGGGAUCUUGGGGGUGAGCACUGAGCAGGCCCGUCUAUUCCAGGACAGCUUCCUCCAGACCUACAGAGAUGUCCAGGCCUUCAUCCAGAGAACCAUCCAGCAGAGCCACAAGCAAGGUUACGUGCUGUCUAUCAUGGGUCGUCGGCGAAACCUCCCCAACAUCAACUCCCCAGACUGGAGCAUCCGCAUGCAGGCAGAGAGGCAGGCUGUCAACUUUGUGGUCCAGGGUUCAGCUGCUGAUCUCUGUAAGAUGGCCAUGAUCAGAAUCUUUAACCUGGUGUCCUCCUCCAGCUCGCUCUCUGCCAGGCUUAUCGCCCAGCUUCAUGAUGAGCUCCUGUAUGAAGUGGAGGACUCCCAUUUGGAACAGUUUGCAGCUCUGGUGAAAAGCACCAUGGAGUCCCUUCAGCGAAUAGACCAUCUAGGAGUCCAUCUCAAAGUCCCCCUAAAGGUGGCGGUCUCCAGUGGCAAGUCUUGGGGAUCCAUGUCUGAGCUUAACAUCCCUCUAACGUUUCCUUCUCCUUGA